UGUUGUCCAACUGGUUACGACGAUAUCAACGUCUGUGCAAACUUUUGCAACAUAGACGUUAAUGAGCAAUCCGAGAAUCGGUCGUGUGGUGAUGUGUGUUUAUAUGAUGGGGACGAUGAAGAUCGAUGGGUACGGUUGUCAGUGCAAAAACAGAUCAUUUGGUCACUGCUGUGAACAACUAUUAUCGGGAUGUGCACCGUUUCCCACAGACGUUAUAUUUGUGUUGGAUUCAUCAAUUAGUCAGUCUGUUGAACAGUUUGGCCAUCAACUGGACUUUGUAUUGCAAUUUAUUGACCACGUAAACAUCAGUACAGAAGAAUUUCAGAUCGCAAUAAUUACGUUUUCGUUUGACGCAAAAGUGGAAAUAACUUUCAAUCAGUCUUCAAAUAAAGACAGUCUCAUAAAUUUAAUAAAUAAAAUCCAAUUUCGACCUGGGGCUACAUUUACUGAUAAAGGAUUAAGUUUAGCAUUAGAAGUUGCAAGACAGAGUGAAAGACGUGAAGGAAUGGUCACACUAACGUAUGCAUUUGUUCUAACCGAUGGUAUGUCAACCAAACGAGAUGACACACGCAUUGCUGCAAAGGCAUUAAGGGAUGCCAACGUUCGCGUUAUUGCAAUAGGCAUUGGAAGGGAAGUGUCUCACCAAGAAUUGAUAGAUAUUGCAUCACCGGGAGACCAGUACAGUCCGUCCUACGUUUUCUCUGUCGGAGAUUUUAAUGCCCUGUAUGCUUUACUAAAACAAGCUUUACUGGACGUCAAGGAGCUAGAAAAAUUUCUUGUCGUGCUUUCAAAUGGACAAUAUGAAGAUCCGAGUUCUAUAAAAGAUGAAAUGGCUAGAUUUUAUGACGAAGUUGAUGUAAAAGUUUUUGUAGUUGGUGUAGGACCCGAUGUUAAUAUGGAUGGUCUACUGUCUUUGGCUAAAGAAGCUAGUCAAGUAUUUGUGACAAAAGACGGCAUUGAGAACUCAAAAACUUAUAGUCAUGCAGUCAGAAUUUACGUACAAUUAUUAUCGGGAUGUGCACCGUUUCCCACAGACGUUAUAUUUGUGUUGGAUUCAUCAAUUAGUCAGUCUGUUGAACAGUUUGGCCAUCAACUGGACUUUGUAUUGCAAUUUAUUGACCACGUAAACAUCAGUACAGAAGAAUUUCAGAUCGCAAUAAUUACGUUUUCGUUUGACGCAAAAGUGGAAAUAACUUUCAAUCAGUCUUCAAAUAAAGACAGUCUCAUAAAUUUAAUAAAUAAAAUCCAAUUUCGACCUGGGGCUACAUUUACUGAUAAAGGAUUAAGUUUAGCAUUAGAAGUUGCAAGACAGAGUGAAAGACGUGAAGGAAUGGUCACACUAACGUAUGCAUUUGUUCUAACCGAUGGUAUGUCAACCAAACGAGAUGACACACGCAUUGCUGCAAAGGCAUUAAGGGAUGCCAACGUUCGCGUUAUUGCAAUAGGCAUUGGAAGGGAAGUGUCUCACCAAGAAUUGAUAGAUAUUGCAUCACCGGGAGACCAGUACAGUCCGUCCUACGUUUUCUCUGUCGGAGAUUUUAAUGCCCUGUAUGCUUUACUAAAACAGCUUGUUGACAUAACUUGUGAUGACUGUACCGCUUUAAGUCACUUUUCUGAUAUCGUGUUUCUUCUUGAUGAGGGUAAUGACAUGACGGAAAAUAAGUUUGAAAUAUCGGUUGAUGUGAUGAAGUCUAUCGUGGAGAAUACUGAUAAUAUUGGCGGGUAUGAAGGUGCCACAUUUGCUUUACUCCAACUCAGAAACUCGCUAAAGUAUGUAAUCAGGCAGUCAAGCGGCCAUUCAAAAAGUGACAUUAUUCUUCAGCUUCAAAUUUUAAGUCGGAUGAGAAAUGAUGUUUGCAGCAAAGAUGAUCAAUGCGAGGAAAUAAAUAUCACAACAGCUAUUAAUGAAACAUUUCACAAUCUUUACAAUAGUACUGGACGUCAAGGAGCUAGAAAAUUUCUUGUCGUGCUUUCAAAUGGACAAUAUGAAGAUCCGAGUUCUAUAAAAGAUGAAAUGGCUAGAUUUUAUGACGAAGUUGAUGUAAAAGUUUUUGUAGUUGGUGUAGGACCCGAUGUUAAUAUGGAUGGUCUACUGUCUUUGGCUAAAGAAGCUAGUCAAGUAUUUGUGACAAAAGACGGCAUUGAGAACUCAAAACUUAUAGUCAUGCAGUCAGAAUUUACGUACAAUGUAUGCAAAUAAACGUUGGUUAUAUUGAAAAUAUUUGAAACGAUCAGCGUGUUUAUAGUCAUAUAGACAGAUUCGCGUACAAUAUAUGUAUUUAAACAUUGGUUAUAUUGAAACUGUUUGAAAAGAUGGGCGCAUUUAUAUAUUCAUUCAGUCAGGAUUCACAUACAAAGUAAUGCAAUCAUACUUAUGAGUUUGGAGUGAUGAAUUUAUUGCAGGACUCGAGUACUCAAGUUCUCGUAAGUACUGGGACGAUUUAUAAGUCGAUGACCACACCAUAUACUAAACUAUAAUAUUAUGUUGUUAUUUAUACUAUAAUAAUAUUAUAUUAUGAUAUUAUAUAUUGAUAACAAAAGUAAUGAUAAAAAUAGAAUAAGCGAUGCUAUUCAUAUAUCCAGGGCGAGGCACACAUUUUAAACUCUAGGCAGCUUAUUAGAAUUUAGAGUUGGUUUUUGCACACUGACUGAAUUUAUUCUGAUUUUUAGUUGACAAGGUAUUUUUCUAAUAGGCGAAAACUUUUCACAGAGAUCCCAGAAGAAGGGGUUCUCCAACGAUGUCUGUGGUAAUUCAUUGCCCACAAUCAACGUGAGUACAGCAUAAGUAAUUAGUGUUGACAUGAGUUAUGACUGCAAAAACUUUCCGUUUUGUUGAAAUAAAUUGACACUUUUGCCUUUUUUUAAAAAUAAAAUUUCUGUUAUGAAUGUUGAAUGUUAUUGUGUACUGAUAUAACAUACAGGUAACUUUUAAUGGUUGGAAGAAAAUA